CUGGGACUCGCUGUCGUCGUACAUUACGGCGGGAAGGGCGCGGGCGCGGGCGGGCGCAGAUGCUGGUACACAAGGGGAUGCCGAUACCGGGGCGGGGCAGCGGGAGGGUGGGCCGGUGAGCGAUCGCCGCGCGCCCGAUGAAGCCGAGAUGGCAACGCGGCUGGCGGCGGUGGCAUCGGUAGCGCCGGAGGAGCGCAAAGGCGAUCUGCAGGCGCAGGUGGCGGCGCGCGAGCUCGCCGAGGCGUAUCACAGCUACGGGGUGGCAGGCAAGGCGUGGUUCCUUGCCACACUGGCAAGCGAGUACGGCACGUCCGGUUCGCGGGUCUACGACGCCAUCACCGGGUGGCGGUCGGCGACCGUGUCUGGGACUGGCCCACGCGAGGACCGCUACUUUAAGGCUGAGCGUGCGCUGCGCGAGAGCUUGGUUCCGGGCUAUGACCGGCUCUUUGCGCUUCUCCGGCAGCAGCCGGGUGGGAUGAAGUUUGUUGUCGAUCUUCGGCGCGACGUCCGCUCGCUCCUCCGCGCACCGCCGGAGAAGGCCGGCGGCCUGGUGGCUGCCACCCGCGCCGACCUCGCGGCGCUCGACAAGUACAUGCACUCGGUGCUCUCGUCAUGGUUUGCAGUCGGUGCCCUCGACCUCGCGUCGAUCACAUGGGACACGCCGGCAUCGACGCUCGAGAAGAUCAUGGACUACGAGCGUGUCCACCGCAUGGAUGGAUGGGAGGACCUGAAGCAGCGCCUCGGCCCAGGCCGUCGCUGCUACGCCUUUUUCCAUCCGGCCAUGCCCGAUGAGCCGCUCAUCUUUGUCGAAGUCGCGCUCCUCCGCAGCAUGGCGUCGUCGAUCCAGGACGUGCUCUCCGAGGUCCCUACCCUCGCCGACGAAGAGGCCUCGUCGACCGCCAUUUUUUACUCCAUCUCAGCAACCCAGGCUGGACUGGCCCAGAUCGAGCUCGGUAACUUUCUCAUCAAGCGUGUGGUCAAUGCCCUCCUCGCCGAGUCGUCGUCCCCGGCGUACUUUGCCACGCUCUCGCCCAUCCCGGGCUUUUCUUCGUGGCUCGCCUCCUCGCACGCUGCCGGCGAGCUCGAGGCCAUGCUCCCGCCGCUCGGUGCCGUCGCGCUGGCCACGCUUGACGAAACACUCGAGGCCGCGCCGCGCUCGCUCGGCGACGCACUCAUGGCGCACCUCGCCUCGCCCGACUGGCACAAGUCGCCCGCCAUCGCCGACGCACUGCAGGCCACGCUUCUCCCACUCUGCGCCCGUUAUCUGACCUCGGUCCGGCCGCCGCGCGCCGGCGAGCCCGCGGCCUCGGCCCUUGACCCCGUCGCCAACUUUCAUCUCCGCAACGGCGCCCGCGUCGAGCGAAUCAACUGGCUCGGCGACUCUUCGCCGCGCGGCCUCCGCCAGUCGGCCGGCCUCAUGGUCAACUACCGCUACUCGCUCCGCUACAUCGACGAGAACAACUACCGCUACGCCAACGAGGGCGCCAUCACCGUCUCGCCGGCCAUUGCCGACAUCCUUUCCACUGUCACAUCAUCACCACUGUAG